UAAUACCUUUUUUUUUAUACGAACGAUAGUGGGGAAAAGGAAAAUCAAACAAAAAACAUCAUGUAUAAUGGUAAUAGCGCGAAAUCACUUAAGCUACAAAUUCCUUUCAUUUUUCAUUAUCUUUAUAUAUAUAAAGCUUUUACAAAUUACAGCUUAAAAGUUCAUGCCCAAAAAAAAAAAAAAGGCUUGCAAAUCGAGGACUUACCGCCUUGCGCCCCACGCAGAGUCUGGAAGCCUUUGUUGUCCCUUUCACACGCUUCAAAACGCAAGGACUAUAAAUUUUUUAUAAAAAAAAAUUAGUUAAAAAAAAACCUACAAAACAUAAAUUUUGUAAUUUUUUAUUAUAAAAAAACUUAAAAGAAACAAUUAAAUAAAAACCCUUGGAGCAGAAGAUUUAAAAAACCGGGUGCAGAGAAUAACGUCUGAGCAGGCAGCUCAUAGACUUUUCUCGUAAGCAUGACGACACGCAAACGCAGUGGGAACAAAUGGGAUCAUGUAUGUACACAAAAACAAAAUAAAAUAAAAUAAAAUAAAAUAAAAAAUAAAAAAGAAAAAGACAGAGGGAGAGAAGAGAGAGAAAGGGAAAUGAGUUUCCGCGUAGACAGAUGAGACUGAUGAGAAGCUAAACAGGAGACAAAAGCUUUUCUUUUCCCUUCUUUCUUUCUUUCUUUCUUUCCUUUUUCUCUUUGUUUUUAAUUUUCUGGAACUUCUCAUCAAAUCUGAACGAAUAAUUAUUAAACUGCUGGUUUUUUAUAUCGACACAUAAGCAGUUAAAGAAAGAGAGGAGGAAGAAAGAGAUCAUCAAAAUCUGUCCCUUUUUUUCUUCCUUAAGGAUUCACACCUGCCAUUCACACCACCCCCUUCAUAGAAUCUAAGCUUUAUCCUUCUUCUCUCUCUUUUAUUUUCUUCUUUCAUAUUAAAUCUUUUCGAAACCCAAACUUAAUCUUCACGAAAACACCCCUUUUUAAGAUUGAGGUUUUGGUCAUGGAGGGACAUCAUCGUCAUCAUCACCAACAACAACAGCAACAUCAUCAACCACUUCAGCAUCAAACUCAUCAGGUUCAUCUUCAACAACAACAACAACAACAACAGCAGCAGCAACAGCUUCAGCAGCAGCAGCUACAGCAGCCGCUUCCUAGUACUAUCAGCGUCAACGUGGACGCGAGCGAUAGGUUUCCUCAAUGGAGCAUUCAAGAGACGAAAGAGUUGCUGGUGAUCAGAGCCGAGCUCGACCAGACUUUCAUGGAGACGAAGAGAAACAAGCUUUUGUGGGAAGUGAUUGCCACCAAGAUGAAGGAAAAGGGCCACCAUCGCAGCGCCGAACAGUGCAAGUGCAAGUGGAAAAACCUCGUUACCCGUUACAAGGGAUGUGAGACGAUGGAGCCGGAAGCUAUGAGGCAGCAAUUCCCAUUUUACAAUGAGCUGCAAGCGAUUUUCGCAGCGAGGAUGCAGAGAAUGCUGUGGGCAGAAGAGAGCGGGGCUGCAAGCGGGUCGAAGAAGAAAGCGCUUUCUUCGGAUGAGGAGGAAGAUAAUGAGGACAGCGAGGCCGAGAAUAAGGCAAGCACGGUGAGGAAAAAGAAGAAGAAGGUGAAGAUGAGCAAUAUUGGCAUCAGCAGUACAAGUGGGAGUGGAAGCGGAAAUAAUGUGAGGGAGAUAUUGGAGGAGUUCAUGAAGCAACAGAUGCAAAUGGAGAUGCAAUGGCGGGAGGAGUUUCAAGCGAGGGAGAACGAGAGGCGGUUGAAGGAGAUGGAGUGGAGGCAGACCAUGGAAGCUCUAGAGAACGAGAGGAUAAUGAUGGAGAGGAGGUGGAGAGAGAGAGAAGAGCAAAGGAGGAUGAGAGAGGAGGCUAGGGCUGAGAAGAGGGAUGCUCUUAUCACCGCUUUGCUAAACAAGCUUAGAAGAGAAGACAUGUAGCAAGCAAUGAAUGGUGGCUUGAGAGGUUUGUUAGCUCUCAAUUAGCUAGAAACACUCUUGGUUCUUUGGAAAUGGGUUUGGCGUUCAAUGGAUGUUAUACAUUAUGUUGAUCCAUUUCCUUUCUUGUUUUGCCCACUGAGACGCUUUUAAUUAAUUUAUUGCUAGUUUAGUGAUGAAAAAAAGGGCUACAUCUCUCCAUUAAUCUCUCAUCUCAUUUCCAUUGAUUUAGAAAGAAAAAUCUCUUAAAUAACGUGUUUAGCCAGCUAAGUAGAAUAGGUUACUGUUCUAUUAAAUUUCCAUGUACAAGUCUUGAUAUGUAAACACAUGCAAGAAGAUCGAAGACGAGUAGUUGUCAAACACUGAAUACAGGCUUUGAGACACCAAGCACGCCAAGUUGAAAUUUGAUUCAGGUAAUUCAUUGACAUUUGUA